AAAUUUUAAAAGAUAUAUAUCUAUUUAUCAAUGACGAAAACGUGGAUUUAGACGCCGGAACCGAUGUAGUGUGAGUUUUCAAACUAUAAGAAAAAGAUCAAAACAACUUUGAGGACUUUCGGGGCGGGGGGGGCGCAAGCUAAGCAGGUCACAUAGAUGGUUGGUCCACAGAACCGCCUGGACCAUGAAUGCCCAGCUGUCGAUGGAAAAUAUAGGCGACCUGCACGGCCAUGACUCCGUGAGCAGCCACGGGGAGCUGCUGAGCGGCCACAGUCCGCACUCUCGUCCGACCCCGCGGGGGCUGAGCCACCGCGCCAUGGGGAUGGCAACACUCUUGGACGGCGGAGACUAUCAUCACCACCACCCGGGACACCUCCACCCGGCCAUCAGCAUGUGUGAAGCCCCCGGCAUGAGCGCGAGCAGCACCUACACAACCCUGACCCCGCUGCAGCCUUUGCCCCCUAUCUCCACCGUGUCCGACAAGUUUCCCCCGCCCCAUCACCACCACCACCACCACGCGCACCCGCAUCCCCAUCACCCGCAUCCGCACCAGAGAAUCCCGGGCAACGUCAGCGGCAGCUUCACGCUCAUGCGGGAGGACCGCAGCCUGGCUCCAAUGAACACUCUCUACCCUGCCUACCACCACAAGGACCCCUGCAUGGGCCAGAGUCUCUCCCCGCUGUCCGGCUCCGGUCUGGCGGGCAUCCAUACGAGCCAAGCCGGUCUGCCGCCUUAUGCCCACCCUGGCGCCGCCAUGCCGGGAGAGAAGAUGCUGACGCCCAGCGGCUUCGAGGCGCACCAUCCAGCCAUGCUUGGCCGUCACCCGGAACAGCACAUGAGCUCCACGGCGGGGAUGGUGCAGCUGAACGGCCUGCACCACCAUCCGCACGCCCACAUCGGAGCGCAGGGCCACGGCCAGGCACUGGGAGGUGGCCGGGAGCAGGCCUCGGCGCUCGGCCAGCAAGGAGCCAUCAACGGCGGUGGAGGGGGAGGCGGCGGCGGACAGAUGGAGGAGGUGAAUACCAAAGAGGUGGCGCAGAGAAUCACCACGGAGCUCAAGCGCUACAGCAUCCCCCAAGCCAUCUUUGCCCAGCGGGUUCUGUGCCGGUCCCAAGGGACCCUGUCCGACCUGCUGAGGAACCCCAAACCGUGGUCUAAGCUCAAGUCCGGCAGGGAGACCUUCCGCCGCAUGUGGAAGUGGCUGCAGGAGCCUGAGUUCCAGCGCAUGAGUGCGCUCAGGCUCGCAGGUGAGCGAAGCCUCGCGUGCAAGCGCAAGGAACAGGACCACGGCCGCAGCGAGCGGGGCAACCCGGCGGCCAAGAAGCCCCGCCUGGUGUUCACGGACGUGCAGCGGCGAACCCUCCACGCCAUCUUCAAGGAGAACAAGCGUCCGUCCAAAGAGCUGCAGAUAACCAUCGCGCAGCAGCUGGGCCUGGAGCUGGCGACGGUCAGCAACUUCUUCAUGAACGCGCGCCGCCGCAGCCUGGACAAGUGGGUCGACGACGGCUCCGGCCACCCGCCCGGCAUCGGCCUCAGCGCCUGCACCAAAGCCUGAAGAAGGAGCGGGAAGGCACUUUUGGCCCUUACUCAUGGACUCGACUCGGUGGAAAAGCUUUAAAACUUAAAAGAACCUUACAAAAGACCUCCCGUUCUUGCCCUUAAAUCUGUACUAUAUUAAUAUUUAUAGUAUCCAAAGAUGAGAAAAAAAACAAACCAAAGACGACUUCUUUCUUGUUUGACCUGCUUUGACAUGUUUGUGUUACUGCAAAAAGACGACCACACCCCCCCAUCCCUUUUUUUCCCCCGUACUCACUUACCGCACCGGUCUCUAGCUUUACGACAACCCCCUUCCCGCUGUCACGAUCUGACUCCCAAAAUGGAGGUUCUAAUCAGUCUGCUCUACGGAGCUCCAGUGGGAUUUGGCCAAUCAGCGUUCAAAGAAACGUAAAUCUCACAGGAGCGACUGGAUUGUUGCUUUUUGUUUUGUUUCAUCCCUGCUCUCUUUUCUUGAAUCUGUGGACAAUUUCAGGGGCGGGCAGCCCAUCCCAUAGCGUAGACAGCUAGCCCAAAAUUCCCACCCCGGAUCGCGAUGUAGUGCUUUCCUUCCGACAUGCUGAAACGUCGUUUUUAAACAAGAGAAACCAAAGCCUCACUUGUGCACACACUACACUUCAAACGCUAGCAGUGCUAUUGACCAAAGAUGAUAGUUUGUAGUUGCAACAUUCCUAGUCAUGCAUCCUUACAUGUUCUGAUGCUGAUUUAGGGCUUAAGUCAGCUAUGUGAACCACUACAUUAUCCAUAUUGUUAAGUCACCUUUCUUUUGAGGUUUAUUAUGUACGGGGUUCUGCUGUGUGCAUACGUUGCAAUAUUUCUAACCACUUAUCCAUCCAUUUUUUUACCAUAUUCAUAGUCAUGGUAGAAACAUAAGAUUGUCCAGUUUAUAAGUAGGGGGGGGGGGGAUUCCAUGAGAGUCAACUAGGUAAACUGUUACAGUAAUGCCUGUGCAACAUUUGUAAUCUUUCCAUUUUUUUUUGUUAGUAUCAUGUUAGAAGCUGUUGUUAAUCGCAGCAGUCAUAUUCAAAUCAUCAGUGUCCCUUCAUUCAUCCAUCCAUCCAUUUUCUGGAGAGUUUACCCUGUUUGGGGUCUUAUUGGGUAUUAUAUUGGUACCAGAGUUCACUAUGUGAACCACUACAUUGUCCACGUUGCAAUAUUCUUAGUCUAUCCAUUUAUUUAUUUUUUUGCAUUAAUUCUGUUCAGGGUCAAGACAGGAACAGGAGCUGAUCCCAGCUCACAUUUAACCAAAGAGAAAAAUGUAUGUGAACUAGCAGUGACUUUACACCCGUAAUUAUUUUUGACUAAUUUAACAUGACAGGAGCGUCAAGCUUUUUGCCUUACAGAUGCCUUUUUAAUCAGUUGUAUCUUCGCCGCGAGCGGUGUGAAUGUUACUGUUAACGCUCGCUGCGAAGGCCAAUCAAAGCGUGUUGUCACUGUGAGCCAAAUUUAGUGUUUUGCUUUUAUUUAUCGUAUUGAUUUGUGUGUCCAUCAAAGGCGUCAAGUGGAGAAGAUCAAUGGUCCAAUCACCUUCCUUUCCCUUCCCCCAACAAUCCAAAGCCUGGAAAGCUAUGCAUUUCAGCACAAGGAGGAAAGCACUACACAGGGGGAAGAAGCGUAGCCUGUUUGAUAAAUAAGCCAGCCGGGCCCCUUGUCAUCUUGCACCUCCUCUUUUUCCUCAAGGCCAUGGUUAGCAGCUCUACAUUUAUCAGAAGGAGCAGAGGGGGGGAGGGGGAGAUAGAGACGCUUCCUCAACACCCACCAAAACAACGUGUCACCUGCUGAUGUUUUCUAGUGUGAAACCAAAGAUGCUACCUCACUCAAGUUCCAUAUGUGAUUUCUAUCACUUUGAUGAUACCAAAGAUAACCAAAGAUGUUGUUGUUGCUUUUUUUUUUUUUCAAUGCACGGCCUC